GUAUCCAUUGAACUAGAGUCUCUUUCUGCCCUUCACUCUCCUCCUCCUAUUUUUCAACAUAUCUUCUUUGCCAUUACUGUAGCCUUUGACUUUACCAGUACUCUCACUGUGUAUAACUGGGGGAAACAAUGCUUCCAAGCAGCUUGCUUUGUUCCAUGCGUCCCAACUUCUCAAGCAGGAAGAAGAAAGGGAACCGGGAUAGCCUGGAAACUGAAGCCAAAGGCCUUGACUUUUGGUACGCCGUUCCGUUUAACAAAGAUCCGUUUCAGAAUCAGUCGUCGUCAAGAUUCUCUUUAAGAUCUGAUAAUUCUCACCUUUCCAGAAACGGGGCAGCGGUCAAGGCGAAGAAGAAAGGAGACAUGGCGACCAAAGUAUCGAACUUUUCGGAUCUGAUACAACGUGUUGCAGCUUCUUGUUUAUUGCACCCGCUCGCCGCCGGUAGGCAAGAAUCCGGCGAAGCUGACACCCUGACUGACGAUGUUAUUGAGGAGGACCCUGAUGAAGAAGAAUACUACGAGUAUAACAAUUCGAGUGAGGAUGAAGAGAAAGAAAAUGGGGUGAAGGGGGCGGAAAAGUCGAGGAGAAUAGCGACAGUUUGGAACAAUAACGGAGAGAAAACGAAGGAAAUGGUGACGUUAAUGGAGGAGGUUUUCGAGGCGGUGGCGGAAAUGAAGAAGGCUUACGUAAGGUUACAAGAGGCGCAUUGUCCGUGGGACCCGGAGAGGAUGAGGGCGGCUGACGUUGCGGUGGUGGGUGAGCUGAGGAGGCUUGGGGUGUUGAGGGAAAGGUUUAGGAGAGGGACGCGCGGUGGUGGCGGUCGAGGGAAAGGACACGUGGCUAUGCUGAAGGAAGUGGUGGCGCCAUACGAGGCGGCGGUGGAGGACUUGAAGAGGGAAGUGAAGGUUAAGGAGGUGGAGAUCGAGAACCUGAAAGAGAAGCUCAACACUGUCACUUGCCUUUCCAAUGGCGGAAAGAAAGGACGGAGUUUUUCCAAGAGGAAAGUCAGCUGCAGUCAAGUACUUGGAGCAGCGCCAGUACCAACACCGGAGCUGUUCGAGGCUACAAUGUGUCAGGUGAAGGAAGCAUCAAAGUCCUUCACAUCUCUCCUCCUUUCCCUCAUGCGCGAGGCUCGCUGGGAUAUUGCUGCCGCUGUCCGAUCUAUUGAAGCUGCAACAGCUGCUCAUGAUACCACCGCUUAUACCACCACGAUAACUCCCUCUGUUAUUGCAAAUCACCAUGCCAAGUACGCGCUCGAGUCGUAUGUUUCACGCAAAAUUUUUCAAGGAUUCGACCACGAGACUUUCUACAUGGAUGGCAGCCUUUCUUCCUUACUUAAUCCCGAUCAGUACCAUCGGGAGUGCUUCACUCAAUACCGUGACAUGAAAGCAAUGGAUCCGGUUGAACUUCUCGGAAUCUUGCCUACCUGCAAUUUUGGCAAGUUCUGCUCGAAAAAGUACCUUGCCAUCGUUCAUCCCAAGAUGGAAGAAUCCUUGUUCGGGGACUUGGAGCAGCGCAACCAAGUAAUGGCCGGGAAUCAUCCAAGGAGUCAGUUUUAUGGGGAGUUCUUGGGGCUGGCCAAGGCAAUUUGGUUGCUUCAUUUGCUUGCUUUCUCACUUGACCCUUCACCAAGCCAAUUCGAAGCAAGUCGGGGAGCAGAGUUUCAUCCACACUAUAUGGAAAGUGUCGGCAAGAUUUCUGGUGGGCGAGUACCUACAGGUCAGAUUGUUGGAUUCCCAGUUAGCCCUGGGUUCAAGCUAGGAAAUGGUUCUGUUGUGAAGGCUAGGGUUUACCUGGUGGCUAGGACUUAAAGACUUCUUGUAUCUGCCUUAAUAGGUUUUAGGAUUUACGGUAGGGGAAUCGGAUUUAGCUUGCUGUUGCUAUUACCGGACAUCACUCGGAGGAAUUUCUGGGGAUUGUUAUUACACUGAUCUGAUGUUAGGAUUAUUUAGGUCCUUUUUUCAGCUGUAUGUAACAAGAGUAUUUGCUCUUUAAGAAAUUGAUUUAAACUCCACGGA